GAUGAAGCAAGUCUGCAAAACUGCACUUACAGGCGGAAUAGACAUUUUAUCAUGGAUUUAAUUGUAGAUAAUUUCUUCAGGUCCGAAUUUAAUGGAUUUUUUCUUUAUGCCUGUAAAAACGAAACCCAUGUGUGGUGUAAAUUUUUUUUAAGUUUUAAGCCACGUGGAUAAAGAUUUUUUUUAACUUGAAAACAAAGCAUAUUUUUGCCUAUUUGGUUGUGAUGACCUGAAAAGUGAACAAUAAAUAUAAAAAUGACAGUAUAGUCAUGCAUACUAUUUCAGACAUGUAGAAAAGGAAGUUAAGAUUGAGAGAGUCGCUAUACCAGUAGACGCUCAAUCAUCGUGUUUGGGGUUCACGAUUUAAAACGCCCCCCACUUUUCUACCGCAACAUGAAUGCGCAACAAAAAAAACCUCUCAGCCUGUGUCGUAUGCGCAACAUUCUUUGCACAUGCGCUAUGCAUUGCACGCGUUACUUGAUUUACACAUUUGGGCAAGCGAUUUAUUGCUAUGGUGUUAUUUUCUUAUUGAUAGCCUUGGUAUAGCUAUAGGUGCAAGAUAAUUAUGUUUUUCCUAGCCCUGUUCAGGAUUCGAACCCAGAUUUCUCAUUUGCAAGAAUAUAGCCAUUAGACCAACAGGGUACGAAUAUUAUACAUAAUUUUACAGUUGCACAUUAUACCCAGAAGUUUACAGUAAAGUUUAGUUUACUAAGCUUUUCAAGGAUAUCAAAAUUCAGUAUUCAUAUACGAAUGUCUCAAAGCAAGCUCAAACAAAUAGGGACCGAUGUAGCUGUAGUGUGUACUAGUAGAUGUAUCUCUGUUAGCCUGUUUUUUUUAAGUCUGAAUAAAGCAGGAUAACAACUGUGCACACGUCUGUGUGUAAAACUGGUUUUCGAAGUACCCACUCAUUGUAGCUAGCUAGCUAGUUACAAUCAGCAACAGAAAUUAUGACUAUCCCUCCCUCUCCCUCUUGUCAUUCAAUCUUGUCCAAGCCUGAAGUGCAAUAGUAUCCAUGUUUUCUAUCCACCAAACUUUCGCUGCCCUACGAAUUGACAAACUAAUAUUUUAUGUUAGCUAUUUUAUAAUAAACAAAAAGUCAAAAAUGGAAAAAGAAGAGCACUGUGUUGGAGAGCGUUGCUGCUUUGAGGAACACAAGGGAACUAUUCGUUACAUUGGUGAAGUCCCUCCUACUACAGGUACUUGGUAUGGUAUUGAAUGGGAUGAUAGUAGAGGAAAACAUGAUGGAACCAGUAACAAUGUUCGUUAUUUCACAUGCAGUGAUAAACAUGGUUCAUUUGUCCGUCCUCAUAAAAUACAGUUUAGUAUUGAUGCUACUAUGGCGCUGGAAGAUGUUUAUGGGGUUGGUGUAUAUGAGGAAGAAAAAAUUGUGUUGAAUGAAAAAACUAACCAAGAAACCUCAGUGGAGAUGGUUGGUUUUGAUAAAAUUGCUCAAAAGAUGAGCAAUUUUGAAGCUCUAAAAGAUGUUGAUCUGGUUAAUGUGAAGAUAAGUCAUGCGAAUAUAGAGAAAGGAUUAGAAACAUUACUACCUAAAAUAACAUCACUGAGUUUGAGAGACAACUUGAUUUCAUCAAUGAGAGACAUCUUCAACAUAACAUCCAAACUUAAAUUGCUGAAAGAUUUAACACUGAGCAAAAACAAAAUCACAGAUUGGGAUAUAGCAGGUUUGGAAACAGACGAUGCUUAUGGAGAUUUACAAACACUUUAUAUCAACCAAAUAGGAUUGAAUUGGGAACAGUUGUUAGUAAUGUUAAAAAUGAUGAAACAUGUAGUUGAAGUGCAUGCUUGUUUCAAUGACAUUCGGGAGAUCAGAUAUGACAAUGUGUUGGAAAAUCUACAGACUAUCAACUUGGAAGGAAACCACAUUAGCAGUUGGCAAUUAGUUCUAAAGUUAUCAUCUAUACCAAAGUUGCGAAAACUCAUAUUAAAUAACAAUAAAAUUGAUGCUGUAGAAAUACCUUCAGGUAAGAAAAUAUUUCAAUCGCUGGAAUCACUCUCUUUAAGUGAGAAUGUUGUUACAGAGUGGACAUCAGUAAAUGAAAUGAGAAAGUUAUCCAACUUGUCAGAACUUCGUUUUAAAAGCAAUCCUGUGUGUAAAGAUAUCACUAGUUUUACGUUACGACAUGAAUUGAUUGCAAGAUUAAAAAACAUCAAUAUAAUGAAUGGAAGUGUGGUUAGUGAUCUGGAGAGAAGAAAUUCUGAGUUGUAUUACAUGAAGAAGUACUCUAAUGAAUAUUUUCAUGCUAUUUCAAAUAAUUUAAACCAAGAUUUCGAGAAUAAUCACCCAACAUACUUAGAGUUUGUGAAAAUUCAUGGACCACCACAAAAUACUGAAAAAGCUAAAUCACUGAAAGAUAAUUUAUUAUUGUUGUCAAUCAAGUGCCCUGAUUGUAAAGAUAAAAAAUCUGUGGAAAAGAAAGUUCCUGGUACAAUGACCAUACAGCAGUUAAAGGGGAUGAUUCAAAGAUUGUUUAAAGUGGCCAAUUCAAAACAAAACCUUUCUUACAUCGACACAAAGAAUAAUCGUGAGAUUGCAUUAGAUGACAACAUGAAACAAUUAACAUAUUAUUCAGUUGUAUCAGGGGAUACAAUAUUUCUGCGUUGGUGAUAAACUGUUCUCUGAAAACAGUGCAAUUUUUUUUAUUAUUUGUGAAUAAACAGAAAUUCUUUGAAAAAUAAUUUAACAAUGUUAAAAUUUAUGCAAACCUAUUUAAUUUAUGUUUUUUUUUUUCGAUCAUGCUCAAACACAUUUUGUUUGUUUUUGCAUAAUUUUAAGCAAAAGUAUGAUAUGACAGAGGGCCUUUCUUUUCCAGAACUCAGAGCGAAGGGCUAUGAAAGCCUUCUUUGAUUUUUAAAUUACUUUUGUUUUUAGCGUUAUCUAUUAUUUUAAAAGAUUAUUAUAAAAUAAAGAUGUUUAAAGAAAUGUGAAUUAGUGUCAUUUCAAUGUGUUCUCCUACUCUAGUUUUCAAUUGCUGAGAUGUCUCGCCAAUAUAACUUUUAGAGCGAGUAUUUAAAGCUAAUUUAUCCUUAUACAAGAAGUACUGUUGAAUCUUAAGAACUACUCAACUGUGCUAGAAUUUGUACGGAAACUAAUUUAUUAUAACAACUACGUAACUAUAAUAAAAAAACUACCAAAACUUAACUCAAGAAGGAAAAAACUAUUAGGAUAUAAUUUUUUAGUAAAACAGACUCUCUUUAUAAUAAUUUUGAAAAUCUGAACACUUUCUUGUGUUUUUUAUACAAAGAAAGUUCUCCUAAAAAUUGAGAACUUCAUGCUAAUCUGCAUCUUUUCUGAUAUUCCGCAAUGUGAGGUGGUUGCAGGGUUUACUGUUGUUAAGUGUUUAUUAUUUUCUUUGUUUUUCUUGUCAAGGCAGUAAACCAAGUGAAGUACUUUUACUUUGGCCAUAUCAUGUGACUGAUGAAAGGAACAUAAGAAAACAAUGUUUUAAUAAGGCCAAUCCUUGUUUAAUGCAAUUCUUUAAUUGAAAAAGUAAUCAGAUCGUACCAUGUGCCUCCCAGCUCCUCAACAGUUAAAAAACGUUCAAAUCAAAAAAACAAGUGGCAGUUUUUUUGAUUUGAAUGCUAACUUGUGGACAUCUUUUGUCACAGCAGCAACAACUAGUAUUUGGCUGCUGCUGUUUCUCUACAUCGUAGGACGUCUUUCCCCCUUCUUUUAUUUUCUGGACCUUCUUAAAACGUGCGUCUAAUUGUCUAAAAAAAUAUAUAUAUAUACUAGUUCUUUUUUUUUUUACGGAAAACUACUGUACUCUACUUACUGUACUUUUUGUUUUUUUCUAUAUUUUUCAAUUUUUGACAACAUGUCUCCUGGAAUUAAAGAAUUAAAGUCACAAAUCUUUUCUUAAUUUAUUUUCUGUUUUUUGUGUUCAAGUAGCCAAUUCUAUUUCUAAAAUUUAACAUCUUAUUACAAAGGAUUUUCUAAAUACCCAAUAAAUACUUGCGGUAAACGGUAUUAUUCAUUGCGGUAUUAUUCCAACAUUUUUUGUUUGUUUUUGUGUGUAUGUGUGUGUUCAUCCUAAAGUUCAUCCAAAUUUUAUAACUGAUAAUUGUUAAGGCCACAAAAUAUUCACUUUUCUUAUAGCCUUUAACAAAGGUCUUGUGGAUGUAGCCUAAAAUAUGAUUUUUAUUCACAGAUAUUAUUUAUUUUUGUUGAUAGCGCCUAUCCAAAUUAUUGCAUAAAGCACACAAAAAACACUCACAUUGUUUUUACUAAUGGAAUUUAGUUUAGUUUUUAAAGUAGCCUAAAAAGAACCAUUUGAAUGUUAGUACCAAAAAUUUAAUUAAAUAAAAAUGCGACUUGGAAAGAUCAACUUCGGGGCUGUUCACAUGGGAAAUAUUUCGUGAGUAGACGGAAAAACAUUUCUGCUCAUUUUUAAGUUUAAUGUUAAAGUUUAAAUAUGGCGGAUAUGAAGGUAAACAAAACAAACUCAUUAGCAUUGCUUACUGCAAACCUUACAGAACUUUGUUCCUCAUUUGUGAAGCUUCAAGGAGUAACUUUGUUGUGGAAACGUAACCAAGUCAAAAUAUUCAACCUUAUUUUAGGGUUUUCUAUUCUAAAUUUAGCAUCUUCUCUUGCUUCAGUGAUUAAAAUUUGAUCUCCUAGAGCAAUUAAAAGGUUUCGUUCCAUGUGUUUGUGAUUGUUAUCAAGCAACUUACCAACAUUCUUUCGUUUCACUGUUAAUAAUGUAGUUGUUUCAUCAAUGUUAUCGUAACUAUUAUUUUUUUCACCUUCAUCAAGUUAAUCUUGAUCUGUUGUGUUGACUUUACCACCACUCACUCCAAAUUCACAUGUUAAAUCAUUUGGAGUGCUACCCUAAUGUGAACCAACUUACAUAUAGUGUGCAAAAACUAACUUCCCACCACCAGUUUGUUGAAUCUUUUUAUAUUUUCCAUUACACCUUUAUGAGCUUUUGAAAUAAGAUCCUUUGCCAAUUUGAUUUCAUUUUUAAUUAUUAAAACGGGUACUGACUGGUUUAAACGUUCCACUAUAAAAUACAAUGCCCUCUGUCAGGUGCACAAACCUCGCAAGUUUGGUCUAUACGUCAAGCUUUGUAUUUCAAGGUACAACAUCCAAACCAGUCAAUAUCUGUUAGCAGUAAAGGUUGUAAUUAAGAUAGAAUAAGUUAUUUCGUUCUUCUCUUUUUUAUUGCUUUGCCCUUUUUUAAUUUACGUUUUUGAAGGUUUUUGUAAUUUACGUUGCGUUUUUUAGCACCAUGUACAAGUGUUGUAGUGUUAAAAAUACCUUAAAUCUUAUUACAGAAUUUUUUUGCAAAUUUAGUAAGGACGACCUAACAAAAAUCUGGAACUUGUUUAUUGCAAAAGUUUUUUCUUCUGACAGACUAGCUUUAAUAAAUAUUGUGAUGAGCUAGCAACCAUAAUUGUUGUUGUUGUUUUAAUUUCUUUUUUGUUAACAAAGACUAUCUUUUGUAUCUCAACAUCACCCUCAUUGUAUACUGUCUUUUGUAUCUCAACAUCACCCUUAUUGUAUAGUGUCUUUUGUAUCUCAACAUCACCCUUAUUGUAUAGGGAAAGAAAUGGAAAGACUAAUUUUAUUGUAGCUGGAAACAAAGCUGGCAUUACUGUGUCUUUUUAUUUGUGUUAUCAUGUAACCAUGUGCCACUAAAACCUACUACAACAUUCAUCACUUGCUCACACAACAGGCAACAUUACACAAAGAAAAUUGACUUUUGACUUUUUUUGUUCUCUUAGCUUCAACUGUACAGAGUUCAAUGUGGGUAAAGGGAAUGCUUGAGUGUUUAGGCCUAAUGUUAGAGAAAUUAUUCGAAGAAAUUCCAUUUAUUUUUAGAAGUGAAUUUAUUACUUUUUUUCUUGUUGCGAACACGUUGUUUUUUUACUGCAUGAGGAAGCAAUGUAAUUCUAUAGAGAAAAUUGUAUAUUAAUAAUAACAGUUUUUAUUUAUUAUGUUGUAUUAAAAUAGAAAUAGAAUUUAUUUACGUGUUAAAAUACUUUGCUGUAGUUCCAUUUAGCAGUACAUGGCUUUUCUAUGCAUUUUUAUUGUGCUGUUGUUAAAUUGAAGGUUUAUGUAUACAAAAUAGAUUGUUAGCUAAUUAUUAUUUCACAAAGUGGGUGUUAUGAAUGAUAUGAGUGGUAUGUUUUAUUUUUAUGCUGUCAGAUUUGAUUGGAAAUGAAAAGCGUAAAACUAGAAUAUAACUGUUAAUAUUUUAUUCAUCUGAAA